AUGGAAAGUAGGUAUUCACACCAUGCCCAAUGGGAUUUGGAGGAAUGUGGGCCUCUGCUAGCCGGGUGAGAAGCCACAGUCUCGCUGUCUUUAGUGGAAUUACUUUCACCUCACAGACAUUUUAUAAUGCAGCCUUUGAGGACAUUGUGGACCCGGGUCUAUUUAAUUACAGUUGAGUUGCACUGAACCCACCCUUGUUUAAUCCCAAGGUGACGUUAGUUAGUUCGUUAACAAGGGUAUCUACGUGUGCCACUUUAAAUGAUUGGUACUGAAAUUAUUUUUGGUUACAACGUCCGCUUGCCGUGCGGUAGCAGAGAGAACAGUCUAUGACUAGGGUGGCUGGAGUCUUUGACAAUUUUUAGGGCCUUCCUCUGACACUGCCUGGUAUAGAGGUCCUGGAUGGCAGGAAGCUUGGCCCCAGUGAUGUACUGGGCCAUAUGCACUACCCUCUAUAGUGCCUUGUGGUCAGAGGCCGAGUAGUUGCCAUACCAGGCAGUGAUGCAACCAGUCAGGAUGCUCUCGUUGGUGCAGCUGUAGAACCUUUUGAGGAUCUGAGGACCCAUGCUGGUUGCAUGCCUAGUCAGGAUGCACGCAGGAGCUGUCAGUAAAUGCCAGGGAGCUUUGGGUGGCCAGCAGGCCUCGUAGACUGGAACUUCACAAUAACAGCAGGCAGUAAUGAAGAUGGGCAACAGCGCCAGGCAGCUAUUAAUAUCAGUGUACUAUAGUAUUAUCAGGAGCUCUGGUUCUUCCUGUUUGUCUUGGUCCAUUCUGUAUUUUCCUGUUGGCAGUUUGGUCUCUACUCUACUGUGUGUAGUGUAGUAGUAGGCUGCUCCUCUGGGAGUCUGGUCAGGCCCUAGGUUGGGUUUACAAUCAAGUGGAGAUUGAGCAUGUCUAUUACUACGACAUUGACCAUGCUUUGUUAGGUGUGUGCCGCUCUCCAUUCAAUUAGUUGGUAUGGUACAGUAGGUCUGUACGUGUUUUAGUCAGAUGUGGACCAAGACCUAGGCAGGUUUAAUAAAAUGAAUUUGGUUAUCUUUUUUAUCUUUCACAAUAACUAAAAUAACUGUGUUAAAGUAUGACAAGCCAAUAAGCCAUGCUUGCACCAAAUGACCCAUAUUCAAACUGACCCAUUUGAGUGGUCAUAUUUGAGAUAUAUCACCUGAGUGUAUAUACAGUAUUUGCCCAAGUCUUAGCACCGAGUGCUGAAUGGGAAUCCUCUUUACAUAAACUUUGAGCACACUCACCCUUUCGCACUUCCUUGCACGAUUUUAAAACCUGUCUCUCGCUUUCCCUCUUUCCCCCCUCCUCUCCCUUUCCCCCCUCCCUCUCUCUUUCCCCUUCCUCUCUCUCUCGGGGUGCACCUGUGUGCAGUGCGCUAGAAGAGGGCAGGGUAUUGGGAGUUAGGUUGGGUCCACUGAUUUGGAAGGGCCCCUCAGAGAGAUGGCGAGAGAGCGACCGAUAGAGAGAGAGGGCUAUGUCCUGACCAUGUGUGCAUCUUACGUAAAGGGCAGAUGGGCCCAGCUGGGCGUGCGAUGUGGAUGGGAAGGAAAGAGAAGAGAUGGGCUGAGUGUGUGGAUCUGAAUGGGGCGGUCUGUCUGCUCUGUGCUGUUCACUGCAGUGACUGACCAGGCAGGUUGCUCCAGGGAGUACACACCACGGGCCUAAACACUGAACAGCCAGCAUCCAGAGCAACAGACCAAAUGGCACCCUAUUCCCUAUUUAGUGCUCUUCAUUUGACCAGGACCCAUAAGGUGUAGGGAAAGGUUUACAUUUGGCAAAUAGCCCAGCCAGAGAGACAGCCUGGAGACAGUAUCAGAACAGAUAGUGGAGUGGAGAGGAGUUGGAAUAAAGCAAAUCCUAGAAAUAAUUUUACUUCCAUAGUUUGCCAAUAGUUUUCCAAUCUCUAAUGCAUGGGAAAAAGUCCUAUCAAUGCUUGAUUAAAGCAGUAGUUCCCAGCCAGGGGUACUAGAACCCCUGGGUGUACUUGGCCAAUCCACAGGGGGUACUUGAGAGGACUCAUGAAACCAUAGGCCUACUGGUAAAAUGUACAUAAAGUGGUACUUCAGGGGUACUCCAGGCAGAGCAAAAUUCAGUUGGUGGGACAGUAACCGAAAAAGGUUGGGAACCACUGAAUUAAAGGAUGAGUAAGUUAUUGCAGAACCUAGCACAACUGCAAAUCCCAAUAAAAAUACAUCAUGUUUUGAAUCACUUUCCUUGCUUUGUCUAACACUACUAUCAUGAAUCUAGCAAAUAAGUUUUGUGGGUCAGAGUGCAGUAUUUAUUUAGUUUUAUAGCACAAGUGUUUGCUAGCAAGUCUCUCACAUUGGCUUUAACUGGGGCCAGUCCAGGGGGUUGCCUAGCAACAAGUGCCUUGGAGGGAGGCAAUGUCUACAUCAAUGUCUACAUGGCACGAUAAAAUUCCCAUGAUUUGUAAAUCGGAUCAGACCGAACAUCUAGCAUGACAGCUAAAAUGGCUUUGAAAAAAUAACAUUUAAAAUAAUAGGGAGAAGUAUCUAACAAAAUAACUACAUACCCUAAUCAUAAAACUAUUGAAAUAUAUUAGAAUUCUGGGUACAUUGUGGACAAAAUUCCAACUUACUCAACAUUCAAGCCUAGAUGGAGAAUGUGAAGUCAAAGUUCAGUCUAUAUUUUAUGUGCUGAGUUUGUUACUAUGAGUAAACUAAACUCAGCAAAAAAAGAAAUGUCCCCUUUUCAGGACCCUGUCUUUCAAAGAUAAUACGUAAAAAUCAAAAUAACUUCACAGAUCUUCAUUGUAAAGGGUUUAAACACUGUUUCACAUGCUUGUUCAAUGAACCAUAAACAAUUAAUGAACAUGCACCUGUGGAACGGUCGUUAAGACACUAACAGCUUAGAGCAGCUUAGGCAUGCUGCAAGGAGGCAUGACAACUGCAGAUGUGGCCAGGGCAAUAAAUUGCAAUGUCCGUACUGUGAGACACCUAAGACAGCGCUACAGGGAGACAGGACGGACAGCUGAUCGUCUUCGCAGAGGCAGACCAUGUGUAACAACACCUGCACAGGAUUGGUACAUCAGAACAUCACACCUGCGGGACAGAUACAGGAUGGCAACGACAACUGCCCGAGUUACACCAGGAACGCACGAUCUCUUCAUCAGUGCUCAGACUGUCCGCAAUAGGCUGAGAGAGGCUGGACUGAGGGCUUGUAGGCCUGUUGUAUGGCAGGUCCUCACCAGACAUCACCGGCAACAACGUCGCCUAUGGGCACAAACCCACUGUCGCUGGACCAGACAGGACUGGCAAAAAGUUCUCUUCACUGACGAGUAGCGGUUUUGUCUCACCAGGGGUGAUGGUCGGAUUUGCGGUUAUCGUUGAAGGAAUGAGCGUUACACAGAGGCCUGUACUCUGGAGCGGGAGCAGGAUCGAGGGUGAGUGCUAGGGCCAUUCCCCCCAAGAAAUGUCUGGGAACUUGCAGGUGCCUUGGUGGAAGAGUGGGGUAACAUAUCACAGCAAGAACUGGCAACUCUGGUGCUGUCCAUGAGGAGGAGAUGCACUGCAAUACUUAAUGCAGCUGGUGGCCACACCAGAUACUGACUGUUACUUUUGAUUUUGACCCCCCCUUUGUUCAGGGACACAUUAUUCAAUUUCUGUUAGUCACGUGUCUGUGGAACUUGUUCAGUUUAUGUCUCAGUUGUUGAAUGUUGUUAUGUUCAUACAAAUAUUUACACAUGUUAUGUUUGCAGAAAAUAAACGCAGUUGACACUGAGAGGACGUUUCUUUUUUUGCUGAGUUUAUGAGUUGCCACCAGGCCCGCCGCUGCUAAAUCGUUGCCGCCACUCCCAGAAAAUAUGAUUUUUUUUUUUUUAAAUAACAACAAAAAUGACAAAAUAUUUGCUGAGACGCUUUUAAAGGGAUAGUGCGAAAAUUCCGCAAUUAAGCCUAUUUCUACCUACCAGAUGAACUCAUGGAUACAAUUUUCAUGUCUCAACACACAGUCUAUGGGAACAGCUAGCAUGCUAAAUGGCUCACAAAACUGCCUUCAACUUCCUUCAAACUGCACGCAGAGCAGGGGUUGGAACCCAAAUUAUUUUCCAAUCGUUUCGUUUUUAACGGAAACAUUUAUUUUUUUCGUUCCGUUCCACUGUUCCGAACCAAAAAAAAGUAACGGUUUAUAUUGUUCCUUUAUGUUCCUUUUUAAACCUCUGAAAUAUAUAUAUUUUUUACAUUUAGCUCAACAUUAAAUGACUUCACUAAUCAGUGCGGAUAGAGCAGCUUGCUAUGGAGCGAGCAAGCUAUUUGCUGUACAUGCAUUGGAUAGAUGAGUGUAGGGCGCAAGACUCGACUGAUAUUUUGCAGGUGGGGAGACAGUGAGAGAGGAUGGAGGAGGAGGAGGAGGCUUGGCUUGAAGCCCUUGGCAUCUUGUUGUUAUGACAUGCAUUUUCUGAAAUAGGCCCACAGAAUUAUACCUAUGGAGGAGUGGCUUAUAUGAAGGAACUUUGAAUGUCUUUGAACUUCAGAGAGUUGGCUUAACAUUGGACCAGCUAGCUAGCUAACAAGCUUGUGUCUGCAGAGCGGCACCAGAAUUAAAAUAAAAACACAUUUUACCUUUUUGUAGUUAAUAAGUCCAAUGUGAAACGUGAUAACUAUAGUAUCCUUAACUAGCACUGAAAAAUGUAAUCCAUUCUUCUCUAAAUAAAAUCUCUCUCCCUAAUUUCUGAAUCACACUUGUAACGUCAGUAGGCUUCUAGACUAUGCUUCAGAAGGGGAGGGGCAGGUUGCCUACGCACACACACUGGCAAAGCUUUUCAGCUGGCAGGCAGGCCGACACUGGAAUACGUUUCUAAGUGACAGAGUGAGGGCUUUGCAUAGGCGCUUUGUUGCGAUUUUUGUGGGACUGAAAAAUUUUAACGUUAUUAACCCAUGCUUUUAAAAUAAUGGUUAUGUUCCAGAACAUUAUAGAUCACGUUUGUUCCCGGUUCUGAUUCUGUUCCUCGAAAAAUGUCUUUAUUUUCCGGAUUUCAGUUCUGUUCCCUGAACCGGUUCCAACCCCUGACGAAGAGACAUAAAAAUGGUAUCCAUGAGUUCAUCUGACUCUGGGUAAGUAGAAAAAGGGCUUAAUUGCCAUAAUCUUGCACUAUCCCUUGAGAGCCACGAGCGCACAGCCACGGCUUGCUCCUCAUCAUGCCCCAGACCCCUCUAGCAAAUAGCAAUCGACCCCCCCCCCCCCCCCCGCUACAUUCUACAACGUUGCUGAAAUAAAUCCGAGGGGAAAACACUAGCUAUGUUUCCACUAACUCAUCCACUGAUUUUCUGGCGACAUUUAGAAAGUUUGCAUACAAAAUAGAUGCAACAAUUGCUUGUUACGGUGUGUUUCCAUUGAACUGUCUUGUGUCACUAAAAACAAAUGUACGUAAUUCCUUCACACCAAAAAUAAUAAUAAUUAAGUGGUUGAAGUGUUUCCAUGAUCCAAAUUGCGAAUUAAUACAUUGGCGACAGCCUGCAUAUGCCCUCCCACCUUUCUGUUUCAUGUCUCAGGUAGCCCGCAAAAGCCAGCAUGGAUAGAAUGCAAUAAUUUACUAAUAUUUGCCAUAUUCUAAUAAUUAUCCAGUGCCAAUGUAUCGCCACGGUCCGUGCCAUAGUGAAACUUGCACUCCUGUAGAUCUGAAAUAAUUGGAUGGUAAAACUUGCAUUCAGCCAACCGGAAAAGUAAGGCGAAGCAAUUCAGGUAUUCUUGAAAGUCAGGACAAAGAUCCUGCAAAAAAACAUAAUUUUAUAUUUGAAGAAAUUGAAUUAGCAAGCUGUAAGCGUUUAGAAUUAAAAAUGUGGCGCUUUAUAGUCACGUUAUGACAUCGUGUCCCGCGUACCUUUUUUAAAUUAUUCCGCAAUUAUAAUUUAUUCGAAAAACACUGUUUCUAUCAUAAAGAAAGUUCAGGCAAAGAAAAUUCCACCUCUGUCGAACGGAUAACAUUUUUGCUGAUCUUUAGAACAUUUAUCCAAUAGUUGCCGUUUCCAUUAGGCCUACACAUGUCGCAUAAACCUGGGUCUGUGGAAACCUGUCUACUGAUCAUGUGUUGAAAGCAUUGGCUUCUCACAGGUGGGAGAGCUGGAGGUCGGGGGGCAGCAGGCUACAUGUAGCCCAGUCUGUCUGCUGUCUUUUGUGCUGUACUGUUCUGUGAGGGUUGGCUGGGCUCUCAUUUCAACCUGGGCCCUCUCGGCUGUGCAGCUGGCCUCACCUCACACUGAGCAGGUGUGCGCCUCCUCCAGACUCAGCACUUAAAACAUACACAACACACACAAACACAGACAUCACGCUGAGGGGAGCAGUCUCGAGACACAGCCUUGAGAUGUGCACCCGCACAGGUGCACAAGUCUCAUGCUCAAUGGCCAGCCAAAGAUAACUAAAGGGACAUUUUGGCUGUAAUAAUGUUAUUGAUUUGCAAGAGUUCUGUUUGGUGAUAUUGUAUUUAUUCUCUCUUCAGUUUACAAUUCAAGACCGAAGGGUUGGGGAUUGUUGUGAAAAGUUUACAUUUAUUUUGAAAUAGAACAUUUGGGCGCAACCAGACUCCAAGGAUGACUACGGAGCAAUCACGAAAAUAUGGGAUUUUUCUGUUUUGUUUUUCCAUUUUUGGCUGAUGAAUAAGUCGCCUGCCUGCGUGAGGCCGACUCUCUGCUGGGAGCAAUGGUCCAGGGAACUCAGCAAGCAGACUCCAAUGGGGUGUGUGUGUGUGUGUGUGUUCGUUCGUUCGUACUGAGCCUUCAUUUAACAUUUUAGUCAUUUUAGUCAUUUAGCCUUUGCCUUCCAUGGCAAUGACUGCACGUUAACCAAUGUGCACAUUCCACAGUGCACUCCAGGCCACACCAUAAGAGACACCAAAAUCCCACAGCAAUCCCAACCUUUGUCACAUUUAUGAUUACUACAGUAUAACAUUUACCUGAAGGAGUUGUAUUAAGUGUAAUAUAUACAAUUAUUUGUUAUACUGCUUCUGUGGUGUCAUGUGAGGGAACAAGUGUUGCUCUAUCUGUGUGAGUUGGAGGCAGAUAAGCGUAAUGGAGGCUCAGUAGUCAACUCCUGGGGUGAGUGAGGAGGUCAAGUCAGAACGAGGACCAUCUGACACCAACAGAUGGAGGGAGCAAACUUCAAAUCAGGACUAUAAGACCAAAUGUUGAUUUUGUGCACACAACAAAUGGUUAUUUCAGUUUAAAUCAAUUUCGCUCCAAUGGGCCCAUCUCGACUUUGGAAUUCUAACAUGCAAUGUAGAACUAGGCCUAUAACUGGACAAAAGGAAAGAAGUACUCUAGAAUUAAAUCAUUUGUUCAUUUUGCCAGCUGCAGUUUUAGCCUAACCACUGGACAUCUAGUACAGUAUAGUGUUACUGUCUACUCACUAGUACAGUAGCCUAUUUCACACUGUCUUGCUGGUUUGUGUUCAAUAUUGGUGCAAAGUGCACCCUGGAACUUUACAUUCAGCUGAAUGUAGUUGGUCUAAUAGGCCUGUUUGUUGAGUUGGUUGUUGUUGAUUUGAAUAUGGUGUCUCAUUGAGAGAAUCACCUACCUACUCCAGUCUGGAGGUAGACUAGAUACAGGUCCUCUCUAACGUUCUAACGUCUCUAAUGUUCUUCUCUCUUUGUGUUCUAGAAUGGAGCUGUUCCAGGGGAACCCGUGAAGACGGAUAAGAACUCCAGGAGAGGGAACUGGGGGAACCAGAUAGAGUUUAUCCUCACCAGCGUGGGCUAUGCUGUGGGCCUGGGAAACGUAUGGAGGUUCCCCUACCUCUGCUACAGAAAUGGAGGAGGUAUGUCUUCACACUCAACACACUAAUUAUAUAGUAGUAAUGACAGCAAUGCAUUCUAGUUUAUCCACAAUACCUUUUGUCAGUGCUUUGAAAAGCAAUCAAAGUAGCAUGAUUUGUCAAGUAUGCUCAAGUUUAAGUUCCUCACGUUGUGUCAGAUGGAUCCAAGUUAUUCUUGGCUUCAUUCCCCCUCAAUUCAAAUGUUUUCACUCCUACAGUUGGCUUUAGUCUUCUACAUUACAUUACAUUAUAGUCAUUUAGCAGACACUCUUAUCCAGAGCGACUUACAGUUAGUGCAUACAUUUUUUUUCUUCUCAUACUGGUCCCCCGUGGGAAUCGAACCCACAACCCUGGCGUUGCAAGCGCCAUGCUCUACCAACUGAGCUACACGGGACUACAUUUUGCGACCAGGGAUCGCCAUAGAAGGGCAUACAUAUACAGUAGCCUGUGCAUUAGGUCACACAAUCAAAUAGCUGAGUAUUAUAGCCAAGGGGACUGGUGUAGCUCAAGGCUAAUAACAUCACAAUAGACUUUAUCAGCUGGCUGUGGCCUGGUCUGUGGCCCAAAAGGCACUAUAUAGGGAAUAUGGUGCCAUUUGGGACGCAGGCGGUCUGCUCCUCACUCUCCAGUCCUUCCUUUAACCCAUGAUCUCAGACUACAGCACCAAAGGUCAUUAUUCCCCAGAUCCAUUGGCCCCAGUGGCCCCCCGUUAAACCAAUCAAGCAGACAGAGGAUUGCUGCCUCGCUUAGCAUCCCUCUCUGUCUGAUGCUCCUUAGGACUCAAAUCAAAUCAAAUUGUAUUUGUCACAUGCGCCGAAUACUACAUGUGUAGGUAGACCUUACCAUGAAAUGCUUACUUGCAAGCCCUUAACCAACAAUGCAGUUUUAAGAAAAUAGAGUUCCGAAAAUAUUUACUAAAUAAACUAAAGUAAAUAAAAAGUAACACAAUAAAAUAACAAUAAUGAGGCUAUAUACAGGGGGUACCGGUACCGAGUCAAUGUGCGGGGGUACAAGUUAGUCAAGGUAAUUUGUACAUGUAGGUAGUGGUAAAGUGACUAUGCAUAGACAAUAAACAGCGAGUAGCAGCAGUGUAAAAACAAAGGGGGGAGGGAGUCAAUGCAAAUGGUCUGGGUGGCCAUUUUAUUAAUUGUUCAGCAGUCUUAUGGCUUGGGGGUAGAAGCUGUUAAGGAGCAUUUUGGACCUAGACUUGGCGCUCCGGUACCGCUUGCCGUGCGUUAGCAGAGAGAACAGUCUAUGACUUGGGUGACUGGAGACUUUGACAAUUUUGUGGGCCUUCCUCUGACACAUCUAGUAUAUAGGUCCUGGAUGGCAGGAAGCUUGGCCCCAGUGAUGUGCUGGGCCGUACGCACUACCCUCUGUAGCGCCUUACGGUCGGAUGCCAAGCAGUUACCAUACUAGGCGGUGAUGCAACCAGUCAGGAUGCUCUCAAUGGUGUAGCUGUGGAACUUUUUGAGGGUCUGGGGACCCAUGCCAAAUCUUUUCAGUCUCCUGAGGGGGAAAUGGCGUUGUCGUGCCCUCUUCACGACUUUCUUGGUAUGUUUGGACCAUGAUAGUUUGUUGGUGAUGUGGACACCACUCACCUCCUUUGGCUUGAUGACAUUUUCUCACUGCUGGCUGGCUGGCUGGCCGUAAACACAAACAUCAGAGACCUUGCAAUCUAACCACUCACUCAAAAGGCACUACGUUGCAGAAAUAGGAUAUUGUCAUGGGAUGCUUUUCUAUAUGACCUUUUUUCUGUGUCUAGAUCCAAACAUGACCUUACAAUUAGACUGCUUAUUCACUGUGCGUUACAUAGCAGAAAAAUGAAAUUGUCAAUGUCAUGGGAUGACAACGUUUCUAUUUCUGAACUGUUUUUCUAUUCUAGACAGAAACAUGACCUUAAAAUCUGUCCACUCACUCACAGAGCAUUACUUAGCAGAAAUGGGAUAUUGUCAUGGCAUGGAAGUUUCUGUAUAUUUAUAAAUGUUUCAUUUGAAUGACAAUUAGAUAAGCCAUUGGUUGUGAGCAGCAAUACCUACUUACAAUAAGUGAUAGUGUAAAGAGUUAAAUAACACAAAUCUGAAUUCUAAUCAAUUUCAUAACUGUUGACCUGUCCUUGUAGAGUUCACUGACCCAUAUGUUGUGUUCUACAGGAGCCUUCAUGUUCCCCUACUUCAUCAUGCUGGUGUUCUGUGGGAUCCCCCUGUUCUUCUUGGAGCUCUCCUUCGGACAGUUCGCCAGCCAGGGAUGCCUGGGGGUCUGGAGGAUCAGCCCCAUGUUCAAAGGUGAGCCAGUUAACAACCACUGCUGCCAUUGGUCAGUCAUGUUUAAAACACUGCUGCCAAUGCUCAGUCAUGUUCAAAGGUGAGCCAACAACCACUGCUGGCGUUGGUGAUUGGCAUUACUAUCACUGCCAUUGGUCAGUGGCAUCCAACUAAUCACUGACUAUCUGAUGCUUAGGAAACUGAAAGAUUGAAAAUAAAUUGCAGCAUCUAUUGUCGGCUUGGAAUGCAUAUGUAAACAUUCUUAGAAAACCUACAGAUUUUCAAAAUGUCUUCAGUCAGAGAGCCACAGUCUUGCCUGGUAGCAUUCUGAAGUCCUCUACCCUCUCUCUCUCCCUCACUAGGUGUGGGCUACGGGAUGAUGGUGGUGUCCACCUACAUCGGUAUCUACUACAACGUGGUGAUCUGCAUCGCCUUCUACUAUUUCUUCUCCUCCAUGACCAACCUGCUGCCGUGGACCUACUGCAACAACCCCUGGAACACGCCCACCUGCAACGGCGUGGUGACGCCCACGGGCAUCAACAACACCCUGGCCAACGUCACCCGCAGCCUGGUCACCAGUGCCGCUGAGGUCGCUGUGGAGGUAGUCAAUAAGACCAAGAGGACCAGCCCCAGUGAGGAGUACUGGAAGUAAGGCCUUAGUGAGAGGGAGUUACUACUAGACCUGUAGAGUACUGGAAGUAAGGCCUAACACCGGACCCAGAGUCAGUUAUCAAUCUUUAUUCGAAUUCCAACAGAUUUGAUUCUAAAUCUGUUGAGUACUGGAAGUAAGGCCUGAGUGUACACUUAAACAAUUCCCAGGAUUUCCAGAAGUCCUGGCUGGAUGAUUCCGGAUUUCCUGGUUAUUCCUAUCUGAUUCCGGGAAUCUUCCAACCGGAUCUCUGGAAAACCUGGGAAUUUUGGGAGUUACUGUAAUUUUGGAACCCUACAGUAGCUGAGUGGGAAGGUGUGGGCACGGCUGACACUAAGUCAGGCCUACUAGAUUAAAGAGACUGGAGUAGAUGCUGCAAGGGUUAAUACACACACUACUGCACCUAGAUAUGGGUAGUAAAGUAGCGUCCAACAUGUUUUGGCACAUAAAGUACACUAUAUAUACAAAUUAGUGGAUUCAGCUAUUUCAGCCACACCAAUUGCUGACAGGUGUAUAAAAACGAGCACACAGCCAUGCAAUCUCCAUAGACAAACAUUGGCAUUAGAAUGGCCUCAGUGACUUUCAAUGUGGCACCGUCAUAAGAUGCCACCUUUUUAUUUUUUUUAUUUUUUUUAUUUCACCUUUAUUUAACCAGGUAAGCCAGUUGAGAACAAGUUCUCAUUUACAACUGCGACCUGGCCAAGAUAAAGCAAAGCAGUGCGAUAAAAACAACAACACAGAGUUACAUAUGGGGUAAAACAAAACAUAAAGUCAAAAAUACAACAGAAAAUAUAUAUACAGUGUGUGCAAAUGUAGCAAGUUAUGGAGGUAAGGCAAUAAAUAGGCUAUAGUGCAAAAUAAUUACAAUUAGUAUUAAUACUGGAAUGCUAGAUGUGCAAGAGAUUAUGUGCAAAUAGAGAUACCGGGGGGCCAGUAUAAAAAAAUAUGUGUUCACUAACUGUAAGUCGCUCUGGAUAAGAGCGUCUGCUAAAUGACUAAAAAUGUAAAUGUAAAAAAUGUGCAAAAGAGCAAAAUAAAUAACAAUAUAGGGAUGAGGUAGUUGGGUGGGCUAAUUUCAGAUGGGCUGUGUACAGGUGCAGUGAUCAGUAAGGUGCUCUGACAACUGAUGCUUAAAGUUAGUGAGGGAGAUAAGUGUCUCCAGCUUCAGAGAUUUUUGCAAUUCGUUCCAGUCAUUGGCAGCAGAGAACUGGAAGGAAUGGCGGCCAAAGGAGGUGUUGGCUUUGGGAAUGACCAGUGAGAUAUACCUGCUGGAGCGCAGACUACGGGUGGGUGCUGCUAUGGUGACCAAUGAGCUAAGAUAAGGCGGGGAUUUGCCUAGCAGUGAUUUAUAGAUGGCCUGGAGCCAGUGGGUUUGACGACGAACAUGUAGUGAGGACCAGCCAACAAGAGCGUACAGGUCACAGUGGUGGGUAGUGUAUGGGGCUUUGGAGACAAAACGGAUGGCACUGUGAUAGACUACAUCCAAUUUGCUGAGUAGUGUGUUGGAGGCUAUUUUGUAAAUGACAUCGCCGAAGUCAAGGAUCGGUAGGAUAGUCAGUUUUACGAGGGCAUGUUUGGCAGCAUGAGUAAAGGAGGCUUUGUUGCGAAAUAGGAAGCCGAUUCUAGAUGUAACUUUGGAUUGGAGAUUCUUAAUGUGAGUCUGGAAGGAGAGUUUACAGUCUAACCAGACACCUAGGUAUUUGUAGUUGUCCACAUACUCUAGGUCAGACCCGUCGAGAGUGGUGAUUCUAGUCGGGUGGACGGGUGCCAGCAGCGUUCGAUUGAAGAGCAUGCAUUUAGUUUUACUAGUGUUUAAGAGCAGUUGGAGGCUACUGAAGGAGUGUUGUAUGGCAUUGAAGCUCGUUUGGAGGUUUGUUAACACAGUGUCCAAUGAAGGGCCAGAUGUAUACAAAAUGGUGUCGUCUGCGUAGAGGUGGAUCUGAGAGUCACCAGCAGCAAGAGCGACAUCAUUGAUAUACACGGAGAAAAGUGUCGGCCCAAGAAUUGAACCCUGUGGCACCCCCAUAGAGACUGCCAUAGGUCCAGACAACAUUUUGACACACUGAACUCUAUCUGAGAAGUAGUUGGUGAACCAGGCUAUUUAGUCUGCCAAUAAGAAUGCGGUGGUUGAUAGAGUCGAAAGCCUUGGCCAGGUCGAUGAAGACGGCUGCACAGUACUGUCUAUUAUCAAUCGCGGUUAUAAUAUCGUUUAGGACCUUGAGCGUGGCUGAAGUGCACCCAUGACCAGCUCGGAAACCGGAUUGCAUAGCGGAGAAGGUACGGUGGUAUUCGAAAUAAUAGAAUCCGUUCCACAUUGAGUGAGGCGGGUUGCAGGAAAGUAUAUUUUGUAGAAGGAUGAAAAGUCUGAUAGGGAAAUAUGUACGAAAAUUACAAAAAAAACAGGGUAUUUACAGGCUAUUUACAGACACACGACAAAAACAGAACUGCACUACUACGCCAUCUUGGAUUUUCCAACAAGUCAGUUCGUAAAAUUUCUGCCCUGCUAGACCAGCCCCGGUCAACUCUAAGUACUGUUAUUGUGAAGUGGAAAGGUCUAGGAGCAACAACGGCUCAGCCACGAAGUGGUAGGCCACACAAGUUCACAGAACGGGACCACCGAGUGCUGAAGCGCAUAGCGCGUAAAAAUCGUUCCAAACUGCCUCUGGAAGCAACAUAAGCACAAUAACUGUUCGUCGGGAGCUUCAUGAAAUGGAUUUCCAUGGCCGAGCAGCCGCACACAAGCCUAAGAUCACCAUGCACAAUGCCAAGCGUCGGCUGGAGUGGUGUAAAGCUCGCCGCCAUUGGACUCUGAAGCAGUGGAAACACGUUCUCUGGAAUGAUGAAUCACGCUUCACCAUCUGGCAGUCCGACGGACUAAUCUGGGUUUGGCGGAUGCCAGGAGAACGCUACCUGCCUGAAUGCAUAGUGCCAACUGUAAAGUUUGGUGGAGGAGGAAUAAUGGUCUGGGGCUGUUUUUCAUGGUUCGGGCUGGGCCCCUUAGUUCCAGUGAAGGAAAAGCGAGCUCCAUACAGAAAUAGUUUGUCAAGGUCGGUAUAGAAGAACUUGACUGGCACGUGCAGAGCCCUGACCUCAACCCCCUUGAACACCUUUGGGAUGAAUUGGAAUGCUGACUGAGAGCCAGGCCUAAUUGCCCAACAUCAGUGGCCGACCUGACUAAUGCUCUUGUGGCUGAAUGGAAGCAUGUCCCCGCAGCAAUGCUCCAACAUCUAGUGGAAAGCCUUCCCAGAAGAGUGGAGGCUGUUAUAGCAACAAAGAGGGGACCAACUUCAUAUUAAUGCCCGUGAUUUUGGAAUGAGCAGGUGUCCACAUACUUCUGGUCAUGUGGUGCAUGGGUAAACAGAAAUGUUUGUGUAUCUCUAGAAGGCAUGUUGUUUUAGAUGCUAUAGUCCAGUCCAGUCAGAUGGCAGGCAUGUGUGCUUUGCUAAUCCUGGCCUAUGAUUUAAUCAUCCAGCAUUCAACAAGCAUUACUCAUACUGUAGUUGACUGUCUGAAGUACACAAGAUUAGAUGUUUAGUAUAUUUUCCUAGACAAUAAUAGUAUCUUGAUUCCCUAGUGAAUGGGGAGUAGUGUAGCUGUUUUAUUCCCCUAGCAUAGAGAUUAGGGCCCAUUCAAAGGGAGCAGUGUGCUUGGUUAUUGGCUUUCUAAAUGGUUUGUGCUUAGCUUUCAUUCUGGGUGGUGUCUUCAGUAUACCAUGAAAGGAGUUGUUUUCCCUGCCAAUUGUCAGUAAAGAUAAUCCAUUGUGUUGCCACCAAGUUGUUUUCGGUCAUGCUACUAUAUUGAAAUAUGUGCUUCGCUCGCUGUAAUGCCAGGGAACAUCCGAACAAUUCUCCUUCUCUAUCUCUCAUGAAUGAACAUAUAGCCAUUGUUUGUCCCUGCGGCCCUGACUCUACCUUCUACAUUUCUCUAUUAAGAUGCUGCUGUGAAUAGACACUGUGAUUAAGUGGCGCCACUCAGGAGUACUGUGAUUGUACUCCUGAGUGGCGCAGUGGUCUAAGGCACUGCAUCGCAGUGCUAACUGUGCCACUAGAGAUCCUGGUUCGAAUCCAGGCUCUGUCGCAGCCGGCCGCGACCGGGAGACUCAUGGGCGGCGCACAAUUGGCCCAGCGUCGUCCAGGGUAGGGGAGGGAAUGGCCGGCAGGGAUGUAGCUCAGUUGAUAGAGCAUGGUGUUUGCAACGCCAGGGUUGUGGGUUCGAUUCCCACGGGGGGCCAGUAUAAAAAAAUAUGUAUUCACUAACUGUAAGUCGCUCUGGAUAAGAGCGUCUGCUAAAUGACUAAAAUGUAAAUGUAAAUGUAAUUAAUUGUGUGUAUUCCCCACAGACACUACGUGCUGCAGAUCUCAGACGACAUCGGGAAUUUCGGGGAAGUCCGUCUCCCUAUUCUGGGAUGUCUGGCCGUGUCAUGGGUGGUGGUCUUCCUCUGUCUCAUAAGAGGAGUCAAGUCUUCAGGCAAGGUGAGCAGCGGUGUCUAUCUCUCUGUCUCUCUCUUAUUUUACAUUUUACAUUUUAGUCAUUUAGCAGACACUCUUAUCCAGAGCGACUUAAAGUUAGUGAGUUUUUUUUUUUCAUACUGGUCCCCCGUGGGAAACAAACCCACAGCCCUGGCGUUGCAAACGCCAUGCUCUACCAACUGAGCUACACGGGACUACUCUUAUAUCUCUUUUCUCUCUCUCUCUUAUCUCUCUCUUUCUCUCUCUUAGUAUGAAAAAAAAAAAGUAUGAAAAAUGUAUGCACUCACUAACUGUAAGUCACUCUGGAUAAGAGCGUCUGCUAAAUGACUAAAAUGUAAAUGUUAUCUCUCUCUCUCUCUCUCUCUCUCUUAUCUCUCAUCUCUCUACGUUCUCUCUCACCUCCCCAAUGUCAUUGUUUGGGCCAGUAGUGUUUCCCGGUCAGGUUACUUAGUCUAUGGUCAGGAUAAACUCCUAGUCAUAGUGUAUCAUUGACACACAUUAGGAGAUGUUGUUUCUCACUCUUCACCUCUCGACGGUCCUCAGGUGGUGUACUUCACAGCGACGUUCCCCUACGUGGUGCUGACCAUCCUCUUCAUCAGAGGCAUCACCCUGGAGGGAGCUGUCACUGGCAUCAAGUACUACCUGACCCCACAGUGGCAUAAGAUCCUUGACGCUAAGGUAUGGAUAAUCAUAUAGGAAAUGUAGUAAAUAUAGUAAUAAGUCAUGUAAAUCUAUGUCAUUAGCUACUGUAGCUAGUUAAGUACUACUUUAUGAGUUGUUAACCUUGACUGUUUAUUCAUCAUAUAAUAGCUCUGUAGCUCUUCAUUGGCGUAAUGUUAUAGGCUGUUUCAUCACACAGCUGUUGAAAGAGACUACUUUAUAAUCAGAUGGAAUAUGCCUCAGAUAUGAAAUAAGAGUGUUCUUCAGUGGUUGUAUUGACACAUGAUUGUCUAUCUGUCCAGGUGUGGGGAGACGCUGCCUCUCAGAUCUUCUACUCUCUGGGCUGUGCAUGGGGAGGGCUCAUCACUAUGGCCUCCUACAACAAGUUCCACAACAACUGCUACAGGUACUCUACUCUUCCUCUUCCCUCGCUUUUCACCCCUAAACUCUCCCCUCUACUACCAAAUAAACCCUGUGUGCAUCCCAAAUGGCACCAUAUGGGCCCUGGUCAAAAGUAGUGCACUAUAGAGGGAAUAGGACACCAAUUGGGACGCUUGUCCUGUCUGGGUUGUGUAAGAAGUGAAGGGCAGUGUGUGCGGUUACACUCCAGUACUUCUUCAUGCUCGGUUGGAGUGAAUCAGAAAGGGUCUUUGUUGCCUCUCUGGGUGCGAUCACGCUACAGUGUCAGCAGUGAUUAACAGAAAGGGUGCAGAAUGGAGGAGGGCAGCUGCAAAUCGCAGGAAUUUAUGGAGUAUGGUGUGAUGGUGUGCACUGCAUGCCACUGUACUGUAGGUGGAGGCCAGAGGCAGUGCACUGGGAGUAGAGAGACAAAAUGUAUUUUUUUGACUCCUGUUAACCUUAAGGAUUUGACCCUUUUUUUCAAUGUUCGCCUAAAAUGACAUACCCAAAUCUAACUGCCUGUAGCUCAGGACCUGAAGCAAGGAUAUCCAUACUCUUGAUACCAUUUGAAAGGAAACACUUUGAAGUUUGUGGAAAUGUGAAAUUAAUGUAGGAGAAUAUAACACAUUAGAUCUGGUAAAACAUAAUACAAACAAAAAUGUGUUUUCUAUUAUUAUUUUUGUUUCCAUCGUCUUUGAAAUGAAAGAGAAAGGCCACAAUAUAAUAUUGCAGUUUAGGCGCAAUUUAGAUUUAGGCAACUAGAUGGCAGCAGUGUGUGUGCAAAGUUUCAGAUUGAUUCAGUGAAGCAUUGCAAUACUGGACUAUUUUGUAUCAAGUCUGCCGAAAUGUGCCAAAUUGGUCAAUUGCUACAUUUUCAAGUACAUAACUAUAGAGAACAUACACAAAUGAUAUGGUAAUACGAAAUGUAAGUUUACACACUCCCAGGAAUGUCAUACAUGAUGUAUCAUUAGCUUAUACACAAACUUUCACACAUCUAGAUGGCUGGGCGGGGUGGGUGUGGCGCAAGAGACAGCAGGGGUUCAAACUGUAGAACCCAGUUCCUACAUUUGAAUAUACAAAUUGAUUUUAUCAAACAAAACUAUGCUACAUUUUAUCUCUGGGACCCUUAGGAUGACAAAUCAGAGCAAGAUUACUGAAUGUAAGUACAUUAUUUACCUUCAGAGGUAUCAAACCAGUUGCCGUGAUAAGUUUUUUGUUGUUGUGCAUUCUCCUCAAACAAUAGCAUGGUAUUUUUCCACUGCAAUAUCUACUGUAAAUUGUACAGUGCAGUUAGAUAAACAAGAAUUUAAGCUUUCUGCCCAUAUAAGACGUCUAUGUCCUGGAAAGUUUGCUGUUACUUACAACAGUCAUGCUAAUCACAUUAGCGCACGUUAGAUCAACCGUCCCGUAUACGGAACACCAAUCCCAUAGAGGUUAAACCUGCGGUUGCAUUGUUCAUUGUAGUUUACGGUAGUCAAACUCAAAGCACCCUUGGAAACUGGAAGAGGUUUUCUCUUCUCUAUAGCACCACCAUGUGGUGAAAGUAGUGAAAUGAUGGACGGGAUACUAUGAAUCAAUGAUAGUGUAGUGACUGAUAAACCCACCAGUUGUUAGAAACCAGGAAAAAUAUUUUCUCACACCUCUCUCUAUUUAGUAUGAUCAUAAUUUUUGCUUAUGCAAUUAAUAUUUAGACUGUUUAGUAUGCAUGAAUCUGCACUGGAAGUAUGUAUGAUGGUGAAAUGCACAGAUUGCCUCUUAGUGGUUACCUACACAGAAACCUAUAAAACGCAUACUAUUUCUUGGUUUUUACUAAUAAAAUGUACUUCCUGUUUUCUCUUUUCUGAUUGGUCGCCCAUACAGAGACAGCAUCAUCAUCAGCAUCACCAACUGUGCGACCAGCGUGUAUGCAGGCUUCGUCAUCUUCUCCAUCCUGGGCUUCAUGGCCCACCACCUGAACGUGGAUGUAUCUGAGGUGGCCGACCACGGCCCUGGCCUGGCCUUCGUGGCCUACCCAGAGGCCCUCACUCUGCUGCCCAUCUCCCCCCUCUGGUCCCUGCUCUUCUUCUUCAUGCUCAUCCUGCUGGGCCUGGGGACGCAAGUGAGUCAGUCAACCAUGCCACAAUGACAUCCUGACUGUGUCCCAAAUGGCGCCCUAUUACCCUAGGGCUCUAUGUAGGGAAUUGGGUGCCAUUUGGGAUGCAACCCCUGUCUAAUAGGACUAAUUUUCGAUAUAAUUUAAGGACUGCAUGACCGAAUGUAGUCAGUUGGGCUCAACUUGACACAUGUUGAUUUUGGGGGGUUUUCAUGUUGGAGAAAGUGGGUUUUUGAGAGAAGUAGAUAUAAGAAGUCAAUGCUGAGUGUUGACCUGUCAAUGUGUCCCUGUGUGCAGUUCUGCCUGCUGGAGACCCUGGUGACAGCCAUCGUGGAUGAGAUUGGUACUGACUGGAUCAUUAGGAACAAGACGGUGGUCACAGGAGGAGUGGCUAUAGUGGGCUUCCUGCUGGGGGUGCCGCUCACCACACAGGUAAUGGAGAUGUGUACACACACAUACACACAAACAUACACAUAAAUACACAUUAGGGUUGAAUAUUUUCCCGGUAUUUUACAAUGUUCCAUCCCAAGAAUAAAUCACGUUUCUUCCGGGUAACCCGGUAUUUCCGCCAAAACCGGAAGUGUCAUUCAAAAGCAUAUAAAUAGGCCUGUGUCUGGAUUUGAUUAGAGCUUUGAUCAAAAAUUCAAGCAUGACGCUACCUGAGCCUGAUGAUCCAUACAUUAAAUACAUUUUAUGAGCCUUCGCUACAUUAAAGACAUUUUAUGAGCCUAAGCCCAAAAAAGCCCAAAUGAUUGUGGCGUUAUCCAAUACAUAUAUGAUAUAUAGGCUACUGCACAUUAUGCACGACAUAAAAUCCCAUAUAUGUAGCUAGGUAUAUGCUCUCUUGGGUAAAUAAAUGAAACUAGCUCCAGUAGGCUAAUCUUUUUGAGUGUGAACUGUAUUGCUGUACUGUAUUGUAUUAUACUGUCCUCUUAGUAUGCAUUUCGCCACUUUCUGUUGAACGCGGAAUGAGGGAGAGUUCGGUUUGUUGUUUUGGACAGUUUUGAAAGUCUAUUGAAAAGUUUCUUAGUAGCUAGCUACCUUUUGAGUUUGGAUCCCGCGACGCGGUUGGCAUCAGUUGCUGGGACCGCUACUAUCUGUCCAGUGAUCCUGCCGACCAAGGCCAGGUCUGAUGAGCUGAUUGGCAUAGUAGCUAGCCUAUCUGCUAGCUAGCUGCCUAUCAAGCUAGCGCCUGGGUUUUCUUGAGGGCUUGAACGCAGCCCGCGACGCGGUUAGCCAUUGUGGCUGGGACUGAGGAUUGUCCCGGGCUUGUGGCUGUCUAGAUCCCUGCUGUUUGUUGUUGUUUUCAAUCUUCCCUAGCUUCAAGUGUCCCAAUACUGGUGGAGUCAACUAAUAAAAUAAUGGACGACCUGACCAGAAAGGUCCAGGACCUGAAGAACAGUUUGCAGUUCUCCCGGGGUCAGCACGAUGAGUUUAAACAGAUAAAGGCAAGAUGACAGCAAUCUGUAAAUCACUGAGAGAGGACAUCAGUUCUGUAUGUGAAUCCAUGAUAACAAGGCCGAUAGUGGUCAACUUCCUGAGGUUCAAGGACAAGGUAGCUGUUCUGGAAAGAGCCAAGAACUUGAGAGGAAUGUGUAUCUUCCUCAACAAGGACUAUCCGGAAGCUGUGCGUCAGAAGAGGAAAUAACUUAUCCCAGCCAUGAAAGCUGCCAGAGCGCGUGGGGACAUUGCUUACAUCCGCUAUGACAGGCUCAUUGUCCACCCUCCCCCCCAAAAGCCUGGAAGGGAUGAGAGACCAAAGCCUAUGGGUUUGUAGCGUCAACCCCGCAGCACACACCAACUGAUUAUUUUUGUAUCUUUCUUUGUUUGCUCUUUUCCAUAUUAUGUCUAUCUCUGAUAUGCUACCCAGGAAAGAGCUGAAAAUAGCCCAUAUUAAUAUAUGUAGCCUUAGAAAUAAGGUUCAUGAAAUCAAUAACUUGCUAACAUCAGAUAGCAUUCAUAUAUUAGCCAUUUCUGAGACUCACUUAGAUAAUUAAUUUGAUGAUACAGCAGUAGCAAUACAAGGAUAUAACAUCUAUAGAAGACACAGGAAUGAUUAUGGGGUAGGUGUUGCUGUAUAUAUUCAGAGCCAUAUCCCUGUAAUGCUUAGAGAAUAUAUAUGUAUUUUUGUAAUUUAGCAAACGCUCUUAUCCAGAGCGACCUACAGUUAGUGAGUGCAUACAUUUUAUUUUAUUUUCAUACUGGCCCCCCGUGGGAAUCAAACCCACAACCCUGGCGUUGCAAGCGCCAUGCUCUACCAACUGAGCUACACGGGACUGUGUCAAGUGUUAUUGAAGUGUUGUCGUUGCAGGUUCACUUGGCACAUCAUAGGCCUUUUCUUUUGGGGUGUUGCUAUAGGCCAUCAAUCGCUAACAGUCAGUAUCUAAAUAAUAUGUGUGAAAUGCUUCAUAGUGUAUGUGAUGUAAACAGAGAUGUCUACUUUCUUGGGGACCUGCAUAUUGACUGGUUUUCAUCAAGUUGUCCGCUCAAGAGGAAGCUUCUCACUAUAACCAGUGCCUGUAAUCUGGUUCAGGUUAUUAAUCAAGCUACCAGGAUGUUUACAAACACUAUAGGAACAAGAUCAUCUACAUGUAUUGUUAACAUUUUUACUAAUACUGAAGAACUUUGUUCUAAAGCUGUAUCCGUACCCAUUGGAUGCAGUGAUCACAAUAUAGUGGCUAUAUCCAGGAAAGCCAGUUCUGAAAGCUGGGCCUAAAAUAUUGUAUAAGAGAUCAUACGAAAGUUUUUGCUGUGACUCUUAUGUGGAUGGGGUAAAAAGAGAGAUGGGGCAAAAGGAGUGGCUAAUAAGUCUGGCUGCACAUCUGACUGGCUGACUUACUGCAAAUUAAGAAAUUAUGUGACUAAACUCAACAAAAAGAAGAAGAAACUGUAUUAUGAAGCUAAGCUCAACGAUAUAAAGAGUAAUGCAAAAAAAACUUUGGAGUACUUUAAAUUAUGGGCAGAAAGACGAAUUCAACAAUCCAAAUCAGAUGACUUAUUCGUCACAAAACCAUUUGAUGUUGCCUAUUACUUUAAUGAUUACUUCAUUGGCAAAGUGGCCAAACUUAGGCAUGAAAUGCUACAACGAACAGUGAGCCAUCAUACUCAUGCAUAAAAAAAACACGUUUUGAAUUUUGUAAAGUUAGUGGGGGGGGGGAUUCUUUGUCCUCAGGUCUGGAGGGAAGUCAAAGUAAUUCUACUACCCAAGAGUGGUAAAGCAGCCUUUACUGGUUCUAACAACAGACCUAUCAGCUUGCUGCAAGCUCUUAGCAAACUGUUGGAAAAAAUUGUGUUUGACCAAAUACAAUGCUACAGUGGGGGAAAAAAGUAUUUAGUCAGCCACCAAGUUCUCCCACUUAAAAAGAUGAGAGAGGCCUGUAAUUUUCAUCAUAGGUACACGUCAACUAUGACAGACAAAAUGAGAAAAAAAAUUCCAGAAAAUCACAUUGUAGGAUUUUUUAUGAAUUUAUUUGCAAAUUAUGGUGGAAAAUAAGUAUUUGGUCAAUAACAAAAGUUUCUCAAUACUUUGUUAUAUACCCUUUGUUGGCAAUGACACAGGUCAAACGUUUUCUGUAAGUCUUCACAAGGUUUUCACACACUGUUGCUGGUAUUUUGGCCCAUUCCUCCAUGCAGAUCUCCUCUAGAGCAGUGAUGUUUUGGGGCUGUCGCUGGGCAACACGGACUUUCAACUCCCUCUGGGGUUGAGAUCUGGAGACUGGCUAGGCCACUCCAGGACCUUGAAAUGCUUCUUACGAAGCCACUCCUUCGUUGCCCAGGCGGUGUGUUUGGGAUCAUUGUCAUGCUGAAAGACCCAGCCAUGUUUCAUCUUCAAUGCCCUUGCUGAUGGAAGGAGGUUUUCACUCAAAAUCUCACGAUACAUGGCCCCAUUCAUUCUUUCCUUUACACGGAUCAGUCAUCCUGGUCCCUUUGCAGAAAAACAGCCCCAAAGCAUGAUGUUUCCACCCCCAUGCUUCACAGUAGGUAUGGUGUUCUUUGGAUGCAACUCAGCAUUCUUUGUCCUCCAAACACGACGAGUUGAGUUUUUACCAAAAAGUUAUAUUUUGGUUUCAUCUGACCAUAUGACAUUCUCCCAAUCCUCUUCUGGAUCAUCCAAAUGCACUCUAGCAAACUUCAGACGGGCCUGGACAUGUACUGGCUUAAGCAGGAGGACACGUCUGGCACUGCAGGAUUUGAGUCCCUGGCGGCGUAGUGUGUUACUGAUGGUAGGCUUUGUUACUUUGGUCCCAGCUCUCUGCAGGUCAUUCACUAGGUCCCCUCGUGUGGUUCUGGGAUUUUUGCUCACCGUUCUUGUGAUCAUUUUGACCCCACGGGGUGAGAUCUUGCGUGGAGCCCCAGAUCGAGGGAGAUUAUCAGUGGUCUUGUAUGUCUUCCAUUUCCUAAUAAUUGCUCCCACAGUUGAUUUCUUCAAACCAAGCUGGUUACCUAUUGCAGAUUCAGUCUUCCCAGCCUGGUGCAGGUCUACAAUUUUGUUUCUGGUGUCCUUUGACAGCUCUUUGGUCUUGGCCAUAGUGGAGUUUGGAGUGUGACUGUUUGAGGUUGUGGACAGGUGUCUUUUAUACUGAUAACAAGUUCAAACAGGUGCCAUUAAUACAGGUAACAAGUGGAGGACAGAGGAGCCUCUUAAAGAAGAAGUUACAGGUCUGUGAGAGCCAGAAAUCUUGCUUGUUUGUAGGUGACCAAAUACUUAUUUUCCACCAUAAUUUGCAAAUAAAUUCAUAAAAAAUCCUACAAUGUGAUUUUCUGGAUUUUUUUCUUCUCAAUUUGUCUGUCAUAGUUGACGUGUACCUAUGAUGAAAAUUACAGGCCUCUCAUCUUUUUAAGUGGGAGAACUUGCACAAUUGGUGGCUGACUAAAUACUUUUUUCCCCCACUGUAUUUCUCUGUAAACAAAUUAACAACAUACUUUCAGCAUGCUUAUAGAGAAGGGCACUAAAGAUGUACUGCACUGACACAAAUGUCUGAUGAUUGGUUGAAAGAAAUUGAUAAUAAGAAUAUUGUGGGAUUUCAGUGCAGCCUUUGACAUUAUUGACCAUAACCUGUUAGAGCACGGCGCUUGUAACGCCAAGGUAGUGGGUUCGAUCCCCGGGACCACCCAUACACAAAAAUGUAUGCACGCAUGACUGUAAGUCGCUUUGGAUAAAAGCGUCUGCUAAAUGGCUAUUAUUAUUAUUAUUAUUAUUAUUAUUAUUAUUAUUAUUAUUAUUAUUAUUAUUAUUAUUAUUAUUAUGGCUUUUCAACGUCUGCCAUAUCGUGGAUUCAGAGCUAGCUACAGUGGGGAGAACAAGUAUUUGAUACAGUGCCGAUUUUGCAGGUUUUCCUACUUGCAAAGCAUGUAGAGGUCUGUAAUUUUUAUCAUAGGUACACUUCAACUGUGAGAGACGGAAUCUAAAACAAAAAUCCAGAAAAUCACAUUGUAUGAUUUUUAAGUAAUUAAUUUGCAUUUUAUUGCAUGACAUAAAUAUUUGAUACAUCAGAAAAGCAGAACUUUAUAUUUGGUACAGAAACCUUUGUUUGCAAUUACAGAGAUCAUACGUUUCCUGUAGGUCUUGACAAGGUUUGCACACACUGCAGCAGGGAUUUUGGCCCACUCCUCCAUACAGACCUUCUCCAGAUCCUUCAGGUUUCGGGGCUGUCGCUGGGCAAUACAGGUGUCUUUUUUUAUACAGGUAACGAGUUCAAACAGGUGCAGUUAAUACAGGUAAUGAGUGGAGAACAAGAGGGCUUCUUAAAGAAAAACUAACAGGUCUGUGAGAUCCGGAAUUCUUACUGGUUGGUAGGUGAUCAAAUACUUAUGUCAUGCAAUAAAAUGCAAAUUAAUUACUUAGAAAUCAUACAAUGUGAUUUUCUGGAUUUUUGUUUUAGAUUCUGUCUUGCACAGUUGAAGUGAUAAAUGAUUAUAAAAAUUACAGACCUCUACAUGCUUUGUAUGUAGGAAAACCUGCAAAAUUGGCAGUGUAUCAAAUACUUGUUCUCCCCACUGUAUCUAAUAGAACUCAAAGGGUUUUCUUUAAUGGAAGUUUCUCUAAUGUCAAACAUGUCAAGUGUGGUGUACCGCAGGGCAGCUCUCUAGGCCCUCUACUCUUUUCUAUUUUUACCAAUGACCUGCCACUGGCAUUAAACAAAGCAUGUGUGUACAUGUAUGCUGAUGAUUCAACCAUAUACACAUUAUCAACCACAGCUAAUGAAGUCACUGAAACCCUUUAAUGGGUGGCUAGUAAUAAACUGGCCCUGAACAUCUCUAAAAGUAAGAUAAUUGUAUUUGGUACAAAUCAUUCCAUAAGUUCAAGACCUCAGCUGAAUCUGGUAAUGGAUGGUGUGGCUGUUGAACAAGUUGGGGAGACUAAAUUACUUGGUGUUACCUUAGAUUGUAAACUGUCAUGGUAAAAAAUAACAUAGAUUAAAUGGUUGUAACGAUGGGGAGAGGUCUUUCCAUAAUAAAGAGAUGCUCUGCUUUUAUGACACCACACUCCAAAAAUCAAAGUCCUGUAGGCUCUAGUUUUGUCUUAUCUUGAUUAUUGUCCAGUCGUGUGGUCUAGUGCUGCAAGGAUAGACCAAGUUAAACUGCAGCUGGCCCAGAACAGAGCGGCACGUCUUGCUCUUCAUUGUAAUCAGAGGGCUAAUAUAAAUACUAUGCAUGCCAGUCUCUCUUGGUUAAGAGUUGAGGAGAGACUGACUGCAUCACUUCUUUUUAUAAGAAACAUUGUGUUGAAAAUUCCAAAUUGUUUGCAUAGUCAACUUACACACAGCUCUGACACACAUACACACAUUUUUUUUUAAACAUUUUAGCAGACACUCUUAUCCAGAGCGACUUACAGUUAGAGUGCAUACAUUUUAUUUUUAUUUUUUUCACACACACACACACUUACCCCACCAGACAUGCCCCCAGGGGUCUUUUCACAGUCCCCAAAUCCAGAAUAACUUCAAGAAAGUGUACAGUAUUAUAUAGGGCCAUUAUUGCAUGGAACUCCCUUCCAUCUCAUAUUGUUUAAAUGAACAGCAAACCUGGUUUAAAGAAACAGAUAAAGCAACACCUCACGGCACAACGCCUCUCCCCUAUUUGACCUAGAUAGUUUGUGUAUAUGUAGGCUACGUGUGGCAUUUUUGCAACGCCAGGGUUGUGGGUUCGAUUCCCAUGGGGGGCCAGUAUGAAAAAUGUAUGCACUCACUAACUGUAAGUCACUCUGGAUAAGAGCGUCUGCUAAAUGACGACAUGUUUUGUGUGGACCCCAGGAAGAGUUCGCAACAGCUAAUGGGGAUCCUAGUAAAAUACCAAAUACUGUAUUAUAUGGACUGGAAUUACACACAUUGUUCAAACCAUGAUAAAGCAGGGAGAGAACAUGCAAUUCGGGUGCAGCACAUGUGGCCUACAAAGUUACAAAUCUAGGCUAGCGAAUUUGCUUUUAAUUUUUUAAUAUAAUAUUUGUAUAAUUAGUAGGCUGGCGCAGAUAUACCUUUCAUAUAAUAUUUCCCCUAAUGUUAUUAGCCUACCUCCUCUUUCUCUCUCUGUUGUUGCUUCAUUCAUUCCUCGCUUUCAACAGAUAAAUGAAAUAAGUUUUGUUGUCCUUAUCUUCAUCAUUCUAAUGACAUGCUUGAAUAAUAUAGGACUAGAAUUAGAUGCAGACGGCUUUCAUUUGUCUUCACAAAGAUUGAAUGGGUCUGAAUAAAUAACUGCUAUAGCCUACCGCCAUCGCACGUUCGCUCUUCAAACUACCCGUGAGUUCUAUUGGCUGCUGUAUUUAACAUUCAGCAAACAAGAGCUUGCGUCCCUCUUCGAAUAGUAUAUCGGAAUAAGAAAUGCUAAAGAAAAAAUGUCCAGCAAGCUAUUCUAGUCUAGCUUUUCCUCCUUGGGACUCCAAGAGCUAAGGAGCGUUUUUUAAGGAGGGAGGCCAGCGAAGCAUAGGUGCGUGCAUAUUGCGCAAGAGACAGAGGCUAUAAGUUAGAAGCUUAUUAUGCAUAACCCAUCAUUCAUUAGCUAAAUAUAAGGCUAAAACUGCAUUGAAUGUAUUACCUGAAAGAGGUAGGCUAGUAUAUCUAUCUAUCUCAAUAUUGAACAGGAUUAUCUAUUUUGGAUGCAAUUUGAAUGGAAUUGAUGGAGAGAGAAAGACUGUGAGAGAGUGCUCGCACGUGCAUGGAUUUAAAGCAACAAUAUUUAAGUGAUAGGCUGUUUUAAAACUCUGCAGCUGCAAUAGAAAAUAAAUACAAAAUCUUUACAAUUAAACCCCCGAAAGCCAGAUGGAGCAGUGGAGGCUGCUGAGGGGAGGAUGGCUCAUAAUAAUGUCUGGAAUGGAGUCAAUGGAAUGGUAUCAAAGACGUGGUUCCAUGUGGUUGAUACCACUCCAUUGACUCUAUUCCAGCCAUUAUUAUGAGCCUUGCUCCCCACUGAGAUGGAGAUGGUUAAUUAGACACGCAUUCUGUCUUUAUAUUACUGUAGCAUAGGCUAUGCUGCAGCUAAUGUUGGCCUACCUGUCACAAGGGGAAAAAAAGUUACCAUGAUGAGAUGAUAGGUCUACAUGCAUUGUGUACUGUGCUCCAUACUGAGAUGGUCUGUAUGUCCCCACCCUGAGCGUUGAUGAUUCAUGCAGAGAGAAGGCCGUAGAGAAGCCAGAUUUAGACAUCGCAUAUAAUUUAACAGCUCAUAGAAAUAAUUGAUUAUAAUGUUUCAAUUUCUUGCUGUUAAUUAUCCCGGGAAAAGGGAGUUGUUUUGGGCGGUAAAUCUUGGUAACCGGGUUCCCGCCAUUCAACCCUAAUAUACAUGCAUGUGCGCACACACACAUAAACACACACUUAAUUAUUCAGGGGUAUAAUCAUUAGUCCAAACAAAUAUUCAGGAUGUAUACUGAUGUUGUAUUCUCCACUUGUGCUCUCAUGUCUUUAGGCUGGGAUCUACUGGCUGCUGCUCAUGGAUAACUACGCUGCUAGUUUCUCUCUGGUUAUCAUCUCCUGCAUCAUGUGCAUCUGCAUUAUGUACGUCUAUGGUGAGUCCAACUGUCUUUCCUUGAUUAUAAAUAUAUAUUGUCCACAACACUCUGCCAAGGCUAUUGGUGACAGCUAAUCAAACUGACUGAAUGACUGACAACAAGCUGUACUGUUUGUGUUCAGGACACAAGAAAUACUUCAAGGAUGUUGAGAUGAUGCUGGGUUUCCCCCCUCCCAUCUUCUUCCGGGUCUGCUGGAGAUUCGUGUCCCCCAUCAUCAUAUCUGUAAGAGCAUUUCAUCAGCCCCCUCUCCAGUAGCUACCACUCCACGGCCUCGGAGUUGGCAUGUUUUAGAGGCUUCACCUGCUCUGCAUUCCAUUCAUCUGUAUGGCAAGACUUUCACUUUUGCCUUGUUCUCAACAAAACCUGUUGUGCAAAAUAUCUUUCUGCAACAGAAUGACCUAGACCUAGGACACAACUUGAUGAACAUACUGUAUGGACUUUAUGCAAAUGUCAAUAAUGUUGGUCUGUUUCAAAGUUUUAAUGUACUUGUCCAUAGAAUGACAUAUAGAACAGAGUGACUAGUGAUUUGUAGGAUCUAUGUGAACUUGACAUGAAUAGUCCCUCUCUGUCUUUGUAUUUCCAGUUUAUCCUGAUCUUCACAGUGAUCCAGUACAAGCCCAUCACCUACAACGACUACGUGUACCCUGGCUGGUCCCUAGCCAUCGGCUUCCUUAUGGCCAUGUCCUCCGUCAUCUGCAUACCCAUCUAUGCUCUCUACAAGAUCGGCAAGUCUGAGGGAACCACAUUUUUAGAGGUAAAAUCCACAGGAUCAUUUUAGUAGAGCUCUGUCUGUGUUUAGUGUUGGAAGCAGAUGUGGUUGGUAUUCUAAGACUGGUGAAAGUGUUGUUUUUGUUUUGUUUGUUAAAUGGAACAUUUAGUCGAAGUGGUGCUCGAUCUGAAAGAAAUGAAUGGUAAAAGGGAGAACCCGAUUGGUGUUAUGUUAUUACGUAAAUUGUAUUACAUAAUUUUCUCAACUGCUUUACCUGCCUCUAAUUAGUAAUAAAUAAUAAACCUAUGUUGCUCCCAUCACGUUGACCUCUGACCCUCUACCCCUUACAGCGGUUGAAGAAUUCGUGCAAGCCAGAUAUGAAGUGGGGCCCGGCCCUGAGUGAGCACCGGAUAGGCCUCUACGCCACCCCAGGCUCAGAUGGAGAGGUGGAGGUGUGUCCCCUGAAAGAGAAGGAGAAGGAGGAUGAGAAGAGGGAUGAGAUCAGCCUCACCAUCCAGGGCAGCAACGGCUCCACAGCACACAACACUACCCCCAGCACAUAGAGGCCCCUCCUGGGCCUGCGCCAGUCCCCACCCAACCACCCUUUCCCACAGCACGUGGGGGAGAGCCCGCUCACUGGAGACCUUUACAUAUUGUAAGGGCUUAUUAUUUCUAACCUCUCUAAAUUGGUCGUCAUCCAAAAUAAUUUAACUUCUUGUUUCGACGUCAUUUAAUAAUGCUUUUUUUUUUUCUCUUCUUCAUAUUAUGCAGGCGUGUGUACACACUGUGUGUACAUGGCACAAUAGGGGAGGGACAACAUUUUUCUCCUUCAUCUGUAAAGAUAUCCAUCGGAAUUGGCAACUUUUCUAGUGACAGUGCUGGGGGUUUUAAAGCUGGAGGCCAAGUGUUCUUUGGGUCAGUGCUGUAGACAUCCAAAUGGAACCACUCUAGGGACUGAUCUUUCCCUUCUGCUGUUUUGAUCUACGUUAUAGCUUUUGGCUCUCAGUACCCUCUAAUACAAUAUAGUCUCCAUUACUCAGACUGUUACGUAUGCUGCUUUAGGGUUACCCAUAACAACUCAUAUUGGAGUAAGCCAAUGGCUUUUUAGCUACUGAUCUGACAAAUAUUUAAUUUGACUAACUACACAGUUAAGCCCUUGUACUUCCAAUGAUGGCAAACAACUAACAUACAUUACAGCACCAACCCCCCUCACACACAGAGAAUGUUGGUCUCCAGCUUUCUGAACAGCUACCCUGACUGAAGCACAUCACUUCCUAAUGCCCAUUCUCAGGGUCCCAAAACGAUUUCCUACUUAUUGAACACAUUUACUCAAUAACUGAGUAAAUGUUUCUAUGAUUAUGGUAGGCUUUACAUAAGAGAGGGAGCUAAGAAAAAGACAACCAUAACAUGUUCACACACAAAAACAAAUGGGUGGAUGGAUGGAUGCAACUCAGUACAAUAAAGUGCCAUCUCUCUUUUAGUCUUCCAGGCAUUUCCGUGGGAAAUGCAUCUCGAAAUGUGGCAUCUCACUUGUG